CUAAAAUUGGUAAAGCAGUUUGCCGAGAUUUUAACAAACGGAAAACCCGACAGCCUCGAAUCCCUAAUUUUCCAGUCGAUCGUUAAAAAUCGCGGGACUUCUUCUCGCGACCCUUCUCUCUAGGCAGAAAAGGUCCGAAAUAUGAGAAUGAAAUUCUCGACAACAACAAGAAGAACAAAUUCUCCUGAUUUCCUCUCGAGACUGGAAUGAGCUACUUCAAGGGCCUCGUUGAUUCUCUCAGCGAUUUUUUCUCUGGUAUAGACCCUAGCAACGAACCUACCCCGUCGGCUACUUCCACCGCCCACGUCCGAUCUCACGAUCACACGAUGGACAGCGUCAUCGGACCGUCCAUCUCCAACGAAAGGAUCGCACAUAAGCUCAAGGGAUACUUCGAUCUAGCGAAGGAACAGAUCGAUAAAGCCGUCCGGGCUGAAGAAUGGGGUCUGAUCGAUGAUGCGGUGGCCCACUACAAGAACGCUGAGCGUGUGUUGCUUGAAGCCAGUUCAACCAGAGUCCCUUCCCUCGUUUCCUCCAGCGAACAGGAGAAGGUCAAGUCUUAUCAUCAUAAGAUUUUGAAAUGGCAAGGGCAAGUUUCAGAGAGACUACAAGUAUUAAGUAAACGGGCGGCUGGCACAUCAUCAAGCAAGACCACCUUAAACCAUUCACAAACUGGAAGAGUCGCGCCUGCAGUGCCUAGAACUCAAAAGGGUAUAUUACAAAGACCGCCUAGUUCCAAAGGAAACAAUUCCAUGGCAAGGAACACUCCAAAUAAUAUUGGAAACCCAAAAUCAACUCAAGAAGCUGGUUAUGAUGCUAAGUUGGUUGAAAUGAUAAAUACCGUGAUUGUGGACAGAAGUCCCUCUGUUAAAUGGGAAGAUGUUGCUGGUCUUGAUAAGGCAAAGCAAAGUCUGUUGGAAAUGGUUAUCCUACCAACUAAAAGAAGAGACCUAUUUACUGGCCUUCGGAGGCCAGCUAGAGGAUUGCUUCUCUUUGGUCCACCUGGUAAUGGGAAGACGAUGCUUGCCAAAGCUGUUGCUUCAGAGUCAGAAGCAACAUUUUUUAACGUGACUGCCUCUUCUUUAACAUCAAAAUGGGUGGGUGAGGCUGAAAAGCUGGUGCGAACUCUUUUCAUGGUUGCUGUUUCCAGGCAGCCGUCAGUAAUUUUCAUUGACGAAAUUGACAGUAUAAUGUCUACAAGGUUGGCUAACGAGAGUGAUGCAAGCAGAAGAUUGAAAUCAGAGUUCUUAAUCCAGUUUGAUGGGGUGACCUCUAAUCCAAAUGAUCUUGUAAUUGUCCUUGGUGCCACUAAUAAGCCACAAGAGCUGGAUGAUGCAGUUCUUCGGAGAUUGGUGAAGAGAAUAUAUGUACCUCUACCAGAUGAAAACAUUAGGAGGCUUCUUUUCAAACAUCAGCUCAAAGGGCAAGCAUUUUCACUACCUGGUAGUGAUCUGGAAAGACUUGUGAAAGAGACAGAAGGUUAUUCUGGAAGCGAUCUACAAGCCUUGUGUGAAGAAGCUGCCAUGAUGCCAAUCAGAGAACUUGGUUCAAACAUUCUCACCAUCAAGGCUAAUCAGGUGCGGCCGCUGAGAUAUGGAGAUUUCCAAAAAGCAAUGACUGUGAUUAGACCAAGCAUCGUGAAAAGCAAGUGGGAAGAGCUUGAACAAUGGAACAAGGAAUUUGGCUCCAAUUAGGGGCAUGAUGUGGUUGAUGAUGAGACUUGUAUGAUAUGAAUGGCAAUGACAACCUCACCCUGUCAAGUGGUAACGGAUGGGUUUCAGCAUCAAGCUUAACUCCCAGUGUUGUUUCCCCGGUGGGAUGGCCUGCCACCACAUCCAAUGAAAAUUUUCAAGCUGCCUCUUUCCAUUGUUCAUUGUUAUUGUACCAAAAUGGAUGAACUUGCAUCGACUCCUUGAUGUAAAAAAAUCGACGGUGCCAAACAAGGAAGAUCUUUAUGUAAAUUGCUCUUGUUACCUUAAUAUUUAUUGAAUAUACUUGUAUUUGGAAGGCAUACAUGAAAAGGAACAGUGAUUUUGUCCCAUUAUGUAGAAGAGAGGAAGAUGGCCUGGACUCGUAAAAAGUGCAAGGUGGAAGAUUAGGAGGUCAUAUUACUGUUUUA